AGCCCGACCGUGUCUCGGAUAUGUGCUUCGAGAACGCGCUCUUCAUGCCCUGUUCCAAGCAAGACGUAAUUGCCUCGUUCUGGUACUUCAAUGGCACGGCCUGCACGAAGUGGACUUUCCCGCAUGGAAGGUGUCCAGCGAGGCAGCCCGGAAUCUACAGGACACUCGGCGAGUGCUCACUCCAGUGCGUUGAAAACGGCGGACAGGCGGACAGCUUACGCUGUGGAGUUCCGGCACCGGGAGAGUGCGAGCUCGAGCAUCUGCGCUAUCCUUACUUUGCGGACAUGCAAGCCGAAGGUAGCGCCCGGUGUGUCAACUCGUCUCACGCGACGCUGCUCGGUCGGCGCUGCCUCAUCGGGAUCAACCAGUUCGAUUCGAUCAAGGCGUGCCAGUGGGCAUGCCAGGGCUGAAGCAUCCUCCAUCCUCAGACCAUCGGGGUACAUCUUUGUUUGGUGGGAUGAGGUAGCAGAUACUGGUUUGGCCUUUGUUAAAAAGAAGAUGCUUGGUAGGCAAUCCUCCAAGGCGUUUAAAAUUAUUCAUUUGUAGUAUUUGAACCGACCACUACUUAGCCUGAUGACUGGUGCCUGUAGUCGCAGGUAGGACGAACGCAGAAUUGUUGAUUUCGGUGCUGGUUCUAACGCCAAGGUAUACGUAUGAAAUCUGUAAUUGGUCCUACGAAAAGUAUGGCAGCCCUGAAGCUCGUGACGCAACGUUUUUGUGCAAGGGUGCCUCAUUUUGUUCUAAUCAAAAACAAGUAAACAAAACGACACCUA